CAGUGCAGCCAAAGUAGCGAAUCUGGAGCGGUUCAUGUUUCUGUGGUUACACCGGCCCUGGGGGCAGCUGCACGAGGACAGUCCUGCCUGAUCCCCGCCUGGACACGUGCUGUGUAGAAAGACCCUGAGUUUGAGUUUUUGUGAUCUUGUUUGUAUCCGUCCCACCUUUUCCUUCCCUUCCCUUUCUGCUCCUUUACACCCCCCUCCUGGCCUGUGUAGUUCCUGCUUCCUUCUUUCCUUAUCUUUCUCCUGCUCCACCUCCCGGCCUCUCCUUUCUCUUCACCUCAUUCUGCACCGGUGCAGCUGAUAAGAGGUGGGACAGGGUCUGCCCAUGAUCAGCAAAACCAUUUCUGCUGCAGAGAGAACAGAAGCCCAGAGAUCCCAGCAGCCAUGGCCUCAGCGACUCCUGUACGGGAAAUCCAAGAGGAAACCUACUGUCCCAUCUGCCUGGAAUAUCUGACGGACCCAGUGAUCACAGAGUGUGGGCACAACUUCUGCCGAGGCUGCAUCACUCAGCGCUGUGAGACAUGGACAGAGCUGGGCUCUGACCCUUUGUGCUGCCCUAGCUGCGGAGUCCAAAUCCGGAAAGGGGCUCUCCGGAAUAACUAUCAGCUAGGAAAUAGAGUGGAAAAAAUCAAACAACUGGAUUUCAAACCAGGAAAAGAGACUCUGUGUGAGAGACACGGCAAAGCCCUGGAUCUGUUCUGUGAAGAGGACGGGGAAGCCGUGUGUGUGGUUUGUGAGAGAUCCCCCCAGCACAGCUCUCACACGGUGCUGCUCAUGGAUGAUGAUGCCGAGAAAUACAAGGAAAAAAUCCAGGCUCAUUUGAAGACUCUGAGGGAGGAGAGAGAAAAGCUGCUGGGAUCUAAAGUGACUAGAGAGGAGAAAAGCCCAAAGUAUAUGAAACAGAUAGAAAAGAAGAGGCAGCAAAUUGUAGCUGAUUUUCAGCAACUGCACCAAUUCCUGGAGGAACAAGAGGAGCUCCUGCUGGCCCAGCUGGAAAAGCUGGAGGAGGAGAUAACGAAGAUACAGAAUGAAAAUAUCACCAAAGUCUCUGAGGAAAUUUCCCAUCUCAGUAACCUGAUCAGUGAGCUGGAGGGGAAGUGUCAGAAGCCAGCAAGUGAAUUCCUGCAGGACAUCAGAAGCACCUUGUCCAGGUAUGUGUCUCUUUCUCACUCCCCCUUACACUUCACAAUGCUGGGAAAGAGCUUGCACCACAUCUCCACAUGAAUCUACAGCAUAAGAAUGGCCAUACUGGGUCAGAUCAAA